AUGGCCAACCAACUCUUCUGGAGAGCUAUCAGGUGUUCCACUAUGCUGUUGGCCCGGGAGAUGUUUCAGAGAUGCUGGAGAGUGAAACUGUCAAAGUUGAAUUGUUCCUACCGAUUGACCACUGGAUGCUUUGCUGCAGUGGGGAAGGCCUUGGCCUGCUUUGAGGAGGACACCAGAAGCUUCCUAUUCUCAGAACCCAAACUGCUUCCUUCCUUCUCUAGAUUGGUCAGAAAUGUUCUCAUGACACGGUCCAUUAGCGUCCCUGGUAUUGCUCCAAGGUUAGAGGUACUCCACCAGAACAACAUCAGUGAAUGCUCUGCGAACGCCAAGGUCAACAACACCCAUCUCAGUUCUCCAAUGAGGACGGUGGUGCCAAAGGAACACACUACAAGGUCCCGUAAUGGGUUUUGAGGAGGAGAUUGGGACAGUGCCCGAUGGGCACCAGCAAUGCCCAGGUUGUGCUCCCUCUCCCCCGUAAAAGCCGGCCAGAUGGACGGUUGUCAUGGAAACAUGGGUCGACUGGCACAGCUCAGUUUGGGUUCAAGCUGGGAUAUAGAUGAGGAGUUUUGACCUUGCCAUAAGAGGGACCCUUGGCUCGGUACUGGCAACUCCCCCACACCUCAUCUCUUCCCUGUCAUGGCCAGACACACCCUGACCAAUGGCUCCUCUCCUUGUCUCCCACGGUCCCCGUCUUCUGACACAGACAAUCUCCUGGACUACCCGCCAGGUCCAAGCCAGCAAUGUUUCCUGGCUAACAAAGGGGGGUCUCCCACCCCUACACCCACACCCAUCCCUUCCAUGCUUUGGCACACCUACAUGGAAAGCUUGAGCCAUAUAGGUAUGUUACGCCCAAGUUCCCAGGGCAGGUGGGAGGAGGUCCAUCACCGCGUCCGAGGACUCCCUAUCACCCCAAGAGCAGUGCACAGACUCUCCCACAUUGACAAUGACAAAGGUGUUAGCAAGAUUGACAAUGACAUCGGUGUUGGCAAGAUUGACAAUGACAUCGGUGUUGGCAAGAUUGACAAUGACAUCGGUGUUAGCAAGAUUGACAAUGACAAAGGUGUUAGCAAGAUUGACAAUGACAUCGGUGUUGGCAAGAUUGACAAUGACAUCGGUGUUAGCAAGAUUGACAAUGACAUCGGUGUUGGCAAGAUUGACAAUGACAUCGGUGUUGGCAAGAUUGACAAUGACAUCGGUGUUGGCAAGAUUGACAAUGACAUCGGUGUUAGCAAGAUUGACAAUGACAUCGGUGUUGGCAAGAUUGACAAUGACAUCGGUGUUGGCAAGAUUGACAAUGACAUCGGUGUUGGCAAGAUUGACAAUGACAAGUGUUGGCAAGAUUGA